AAAUCAAGAAUGAAGAGGCUUCUUCUAAUACUGAACUGCAUUCUCUUAUCCAUAGGCAACUGUGGAGGCCCAUUGAUCAUGCGUCUCUACUUCGUCCAUGGCGGCAAACGCAUUUGGCUUUCUUGCUGGCUCGAGACCGUUGGCUGGCCCAUCAUGCUCAUCCCCAUUUCCAUCGCAUACUACCGCCGGCAGCGAAGACAACAAACAAAUGGGCAGGCCCAAACCAAAUUCUUCCUCAUGAAGCCAUCUCUGUUCAUAUCAUCAGCUUUGAUCGGCCUCCUCAGCGGCGUUGACAACUAUAUUUUCGCCAAUGGCGUUGCACGCCUUCCCGUUUCCACAUCGGCUUUGAUUAUCGCCUCUCAGCUCGCUUUCACGGCAGGCUUCGCUUUCCUCCUCGUGAGGCAAAAGUUCACAGCAUAUUCUGUGAACGCCAUCGUAUUGCUCACCAUUGGAGGUGCUGUUUUGGCAUUGAAUACUAGUGGAGAUCGUCCUCAGGGUGAAUCCAAUAAGGAAUACAUCAAAGGGUUCUUGAUGAUGGUGGGAACGUCUGCUCUUUAUGGUUUUAUAUUGCCGUUGGUGGAGUUGACCUACAAGAAAGCAAAGCAGACCAUUACAUAUUCCUUGGUGUUGGAGUUUCAGAUGGUGAUGUGUUUGUUUGCUACCAUUUUUUGCACCGCAGGGAUGUUGAUUAACAAAGAUUUCCAGGCGAUUCCAAGAGAAGCAGAAAAUUAUGGGAUUGGGGAAACAAAGUACUAUUUGGUGCUGGUAUGGAGUGUAAUAAUAUGGCAAGCAUUCUUUCUGGGAGCAAUAGGAGUUAUCUUCUGCGUUUCAUCAUUGCAAUCCGGUAUCCUGAUUGCAGUUCUACUACCAGUUACAGAGAUACUUGCUGUUAUUUUAUAUAAAGAAAGUUUCAAAGCAGAGAAGGGAGUUUCGCUUUUGCUAUCUCUCUGGGGAUUUGUCUCGUAUUUUUAUGGCGAAUUGGAACAGACCAAGAAAACAACACAGAAAACCCCAGAAACUGAAAUUACUCAAACUCCUGAUCCGUGA